AGUAUGUUGAGGAUAGAUCUAUUCCUAACCUGAUAAAAAUAUGGUAAAAUACAAUUUACUUGCAUAAUUAAUAUCUUAUUUAACAACAAUUAACACAACGUUUAACCCAAAAUUUUCUCUAUUUAUAUAGAAUCACGCAACUAGUUCAAACCCAACUUCAUCAUCUUCUGAGUAAAAAAAAUUGACACCCAAAAGAAAAUAAAGAAUGAGAGGAAAGUAUCUUUGUUUACUAGUGCUCAUUGUCUUGGCCUCCAAUGAAGUACUUGCUGCCAAGAACAACUCUUCAACACCUAAAUUAAGAAGAAGUGAUUUUCCAGAAGAUUUCAUUUUUGGGUCUGCAACAUCUGCUUACCAGAUUGAAGGGGCUGCCCAUCAAGAUGGUAGAGGACCAAGUAUCUGGGAUACAUACUCUGAAAAAUAUCCAGAGAAGAUAAAGGAUGGUAGCAACGGGUCUGUUGCAGCUGACUCUUACCAUCUUUACAAGGAAGAUGUGGCUUUAUUGCAUCAAAUUGGCUUCAAUGCUUACAGAUUUUCUAUCUCAUGGUCGAGAAUAUUGCCUCGAGGAAAUUUAAAAGGAGGAACCAACCAGGCUGGUAUUGACUAUUACAACAGCUUAAUCAAUGAGCUUUUGUCCAAAGGAAUUAAACCUUUUGCCACAAUUUUCCAUUGGGACACACCACAAAGCCUUGAAGAUGCUUACGGUGGAUUCCGUGGCGCAGAGAUUGUAAACGAUUUUCAAAAUUAUGCGGAUAUUUGCUAUAAGAAUUUUGGAGAUAGAGUGAAGCACUGGAUGACAUUGAACGAGCCAUUGACAGUGGUGCAACAAGGGUAUGUUGCAGGUGGAAUGGCUCCAGGAAGAUGCUCCAAUUUCACAAAACCUAAUUGCAAAGGCGGGGAUGGAGCUACCGAGCCUUAUAUCGUCGGUCACAACCUCCUCCUUGCUCACGGAGCCGCCGUAAAAGUCUACAGAGAAAAAUACAAGGCAUCUCAAAAAGGUCAAGUUGGUAUCGCUUUGAGCGCGGGUUGGUACUUGCCCUAUACAGAAUCAGCCGCAGAUAGGUUAGCUGCGGCACGAAUCAUGGCCUUCACAUUUGACUACUUUCUGGAGCCACUUGUAACUGGUAAAUACCCAGUCGACAUGGUCAACAACGUUAAAGGCGGUCGUUUACCUACAUUCACCGCUCAACAAUCUAAGAUGCUUAAGGGCUCAUCUGAUUUCAUUGGCAUCAAUUAUUACUCUUCCGCUUACGCAAAGGAUGUCCCCUGCCCUACCGAAUAUGUUACACUGUUCUCUGAUCCUUGUGCCAGCGUCACAGGUGAAAGAGAAGGAGUACCCAUCGGUCCAAAGGCUGGAUCAGAUUGGCUUUUGAUAUAUCCAAAGGGAAUUCGUGAUCUUAUCCUCUAUGCUAAAUACAAGUUCAAAGACCCGGUCAUCUACAUAACCGAAAACGGAAGAGAUGAAAUUGAUACGGGUAAAAGAUUUCUUAAAGACGGCGAUAGAAUCGACUUCUUUGCUCGACAUCUUGAGAUGGUUAAAGACGCGAUCUCGAUUGGAGCUAAUGUGAAAGGAUUUUUCGCGUGGUCGUUGUUGGACAACUUCGAAUGGGCAGCAGGAUACACAGCUCGUUUCGGGAUGGUUUACGUGGAUUUCAAAGAUGGAUGUAAGAGAUACCCAAAAAAAUCGGCUGAUUGGUUCAAAAAGUUCUUGAAUCCAAAGAAAAGCAACUGAUGGCAACUACACCAUUCCGCUUUAUUAAUAUCUCCGUUAUUGUUAUUUCUUAGUUGGAAAUAAAAGAUCCUGGUUAAAAACUUAUUCAGUUGGAAGUAAUAAGGAAUCUUUUAACAUC